AUGUUGCUCUCACUGUAUGCGUUGCAGCAUGUUCAAAAGAUAGGCAAGACGGGGAUAGAGCAGAUCUCCUACGUGCAUGGCAACCAGCCCCACUCCCUCUCCCCUCACCUGGGUGCCAUGUCUUCUCUUGGCCUCUCUGCCUCUCUGUCUUCUGCCCCCAUAGGCGGUGGUGGUGAGCAUAGAUCCCAAGAGGGUGCGGUGGUGGUGAGCAUAGACCCUGAGAGGGUGCACGUGUCCUCGCCAGACGACGUGCCUUUCAAAUGCGUCAAGGCAUCAACGCCAGGUGCACUGCGUGCCCGCUCUGCUCCCUCUGCUCCCUUUUUUGCCACAAGUCCUUGGCCCAAACGGGGAGGAGUGUGCAUGGUACCUUUGCACGUGAGCGGAGGCAGGGAGGGGCGGCCCAUAGGGGCGUUUGAGCUGGCGCAGGCUGUGGAGCAGCUGGGGGCGAGGGAGAUUCUGCUCAACUGCAUCGACUUCGGUGGUCAGGCCCAGGGGUUUGACUUGGACCUGGUGGGGCAGCUGUCCUCAGCAGUGAGCAUCUCUGUGAUCGCCAGCAGAGCAGCAGCGCAGGCAUCCCAGAGCACUUCUCCCAGGUCGUUGCUCACACAGGCGCCUCUCGUGCCCCCUUCCCAUGGCAGGUCAGGGCCGGGGCUUUGA